GUCAUACACUGAAAUAUGGAGAUGAAACGACAUGAUAAGCCGGGCAGCGUGUCGCCCGUGAAGAUUAAGGAGGAAGGCCGGGCUGGAAGGUCGGAGAAGGAGUUGAAGUUGCCGCCGGAGAAAUCACUCAGUGAUGAUAGGCAACGACGCUUGUCACGGUCCAGCGAAAGUUCUAAGGGCACCAUAGACAGACAGGAUUCCAGAUCAUCGCUAAGCCCGAAAGUUCCCCGCAAAUACUUCACUAAUUGGAAACAAGCUUGCGAUAAAACAAAAGAUAAAACGAAAGAACUGCUGAAGCGUUGGAAGACGUUACCGGAAGGUGAGGCUGCACAGAUGUCGGAGCCCGGUCGCAGCGAGGAAGAAAAGCACGGAUGGAGUGUGCACGUUUGGACAACCUGGGUAAAUCGUUGUAGCGAAGACUUGGAAUGCCUGGAUUUAGAGGAAGAACAGCCUUUAGCCCAGCUUAGCACUGUACAAAAUGAAAAGAUGACACUUUUCUUCACUGAACUUCUGGACCAUGACAGAGAUGACGUCAUCUGUGACCAAGAUUUUGAUACAUUUUUUGAGAAGCUGGCCCAUUUUGCGGACUGGUCGCCCAACUCAUCGGAGUUUCACAUACUCCUGGAAGUGAAGAGAGAAUUCAUCGAACAUUUCCUCGACCCAUUGCCCAACAAAUUUGCUGAAUUACCCUACUACAGACGCGUUUGUGGUCCCGAAGCCGGUGGGUUACCCGGACGGACGACACUUGAAGGCUGGCUGGCUAGAUGGGCGCUUCUAUUGAGUGAACCAAACAAGUUUGCUGAUUUACCGUUAUAUUUGCAGUACUUCUGCAAGAUUUUGUUCCACAUUAUUGAUAGGACAGGUGUUGGAGAGAUAACAAAGGAUGCCCUUGCAUCAUUUUACCGGUCAGUAGUUGGUUUACCAGCGAAAAGAAUAGAAGAAAUCAUUGAUACUGCUUAUGACCGGAUGACGAGUAAUAGCUACCUUAUUCUGGAUUACGGCACCUUCGUACACUGUUACAUAAAUUGGCUCAUGGGCAAGAAUCCCAACGGUCCAGGACAGUGGGUACUUGUCCCUUCAAAGGACUCCCUCCCACAGCCGCCUUUUCCAGUGGACUAUAGCGCCUUAAACACAGAACCUGGCAAGUUAGAACCAUACGCGCCAGAUAAAAAAACUAAUCGACACUCUGUUAUCGUUUAAGUUUAUGUGAAAUGUUUUGUUACGUAGCUCUUUAAUAGUAAAUACAGUGUCACCAGGUUAGCUAAUAUAUUAUGAUUGAGUAUCACAGUUGAAGAAUUAUUUAAAAAGUAUUGGAAUUUACUCUUCUCAUAUUGCCUGCGUAUUUUUUGUUGUUGUUGAUUUAUAACUUUUAGGUGACCAUCUCGAACAAUUAUAUCCAGUAAAUUUAAUUGUUUUAACAAAUGUUAUUUUCUUUUAAAGUUGUGGUACUUGCGUUACUAAAUUGCAUAACUUAUAUGGUAGCGGCUGAUUGUGGUAGAUAUUACAGUGUACCUACUCACUAUACAUGCGAUAUGUCAAAAACCUGUCACGAUUAUACAAGCUUACCUACGUGAUCAAUAUAUAAAUUGGAUAUACUUCAUAAUUAGUUAACAAUAAGCUGAUAAACAAAACCCCUUAACGAAUCUUACGAAAACCAAUUGCGAUGUAAUUCUUCCAUAAUCCAUGGCGCUAAAUUAAAAAAUUAAAAAAACGUGGUACGAAACUUAAAUUUUGAUCAUGGUGAACGGUUUUAUAGCGUGGUAAACUUGUCGAUAAUAUGCUGUCUUAUGUAUUGCCUUGGAGGACAUUUGUUUUCACAAUAAAGAGUACCUACCAAAAGUAUGGUUAAACAAGUGUUGGUAGACAAGAACAUAACGAUUGUGAGUAAUACUAUUCUCGUGGACAUUCUCAUUUAGUAUAGAAAUAUCUAUAAUACAUAGACAUGGUUUGACGCUUUAUACACAUGUUAAUAAAAUUGUAACUAAGAAUUUAUUACACUGACAAAGAUUUUAAGAAGGUAACGUAAUUUGUACAAUAAACAGCAUAAAAAACUACAAUUUGGCUAUUUAUAUUUUUUCUAUCCUAAGCGAAGCUAAUCAAUUUCCGUAAGAGUUCUGAAGAAAAUUUUACUUCGUUUAUUUACUUUACGGACGAAGUUUAAAUAUCAAUAGCAUUGAUUGAAUUUAAAAGUUUUAAAAGGAAAAUUGUUCUUGUUUAUUUGAUAAAACCACGGUAUAACAAGAUAUUUUUUAAACUUAUAAGAUAAUAUAAAAUUAAUAUAGUUUAGAGUAGCAUCCAAGAAUUUUGAUUUGCCUUUAAGUCUAGCAAAAUAACAGUCCAUAAUAGCAAGUUAUAUUGCAACAACGCAUAUUAUGUUGUCCACCGUCCAUAGAAGUGGUGAUUUUUAUGCUAUGAUUUCUAUGUAUGCCUGAUCCUCUAUUGUUUACGUUGCUGUAUUUGACGAUUUACCGGAAAUGUGUAGACUUAGCGUAAAUAUCAAAAAACUAGAUUACUGCGUCUUGGUCGGCCUAGUUUGUUGGCUUCACAAAAACACGUCACGCAAACGACUUAUCCUACUUUUAAAUUCUGCUUAAUUGAAAUGAAACGCUUUAAUAUUUUGGUAACUUGACCAAUCUAUACGCCUUUAGAUAUUUAAUAAUUAAGAUAAAUGUAAAUAGAGUAAAUACGUGCACAACACGGUAAGCAAGAACUGCCUUAAUGUAAGUCUCCUCACUUUACGUAUAGCCUUAUUUUGUACCUUAGGUAUAGUUUAUUCUAUUGUAAAGUCACCAAAUAAAGAGUUUAAUAGAA